AUGGGGUUAAGAACCGUGUUUACUGACCAUUCGUUGUACGGAUUUGCAAAUGUUACAUCAAUUGUGGGGAAUAAAUUAUUGAAAUUUUCGUUAAGUGAUAUAGGCCAUGUCAUCUGUGUGUCACAUACAUGUAAAGAAAACACAGUAUUACGAGCAUCCAUAGAUCCAUUAAAUGUUUCAGUAAUACCAAAUGCUGUCAUCGCAAGAGACUUUUCACCCUUAGAGCCAGAAAAGAAAAUAUCAAGAAAGAACAUAACAAUUGUUGUAAUAUCUAGAUUAUUCCCUAAUAAGGGUGCUGAUCUCUUAACUGCAAUCAUUCCAACUAUUUGUGCAAAAAAGCCGGAUGUAAACUUUUUGAUUGCAGGAGACGGUCCAAAAUUCCUUGACUUAGAACAAAUGCGUGAAAAGUAUUACUUACAAGAAAGAGUUACGUUAAUUGGAGCCGUAAAGCAUGAAGAAGUUAGAGAUGUAAUGGUGCAGGGAGAUAUUUAUUUACAUCCUUCUCUUACAGAAGCGUUUGGUACGGUAAUAGUGGAGGCUGCGUCCUGUGGUUUGUUCGUAGUUACUACAAAAGUUGGGGGAAUACCUGAAGUUUUGCCCAGUCAUAUGACAAGUUUUGCUGAUCCUGAGGAAAACUCCUUGGUAGCAGCAACAUUAAAGGCAGUAAACUUGAUAGAAUCUGGAGAUAUUGACACAUCGAAGUUUUUUGAUGAGGUAUCGAGAAUGUAUAGUUGGAAGAACAUUGCAUGUCGUACUGAAAAUGUUUACAAUUCUUUGGAUUUAAAAAAAUUAAAUCAGCCAUUGGUGCAUAGGUUACAGAAAUAUCAUUGUUGUGGUUUGAUUGCUGGUAAGUUAUUUGUCUUGUGUGUUGUCUUGGAUAUUAUAUUUUAUUUAAUAUUAGAGUACUUGUAUCCUGCUGAUCAUAUUGAUAAGGCAACUAAGUGGCCUAAAAAAGGCUUGAGGCAUUCCUCGCACAAUAAAGAACAAACCAAUAUUACCACCACUGUUGAUUCUUGUGAAUAA